AUGGAAUUUAACUUCUCAAUAGCGAACAUAACAAGUGGAACAAACUUAUACCCAGCCAAUGAGAGAGUGUCAUUGAUUCUUAGCCCUCACAUUACCAUCAUCAUUGUGGUAUUCAUCUUAUUGGCUAUCGUAAUAAUCGCAGGAAACCUAUUGGUUCUUGUGUCCAUUCGUUCCAACUCUCGCUUACGAAGCCCAGAAUGCAUUCUGAUAUUAUCCCUAUCAGUCGCCGACCUAAUGGUAGGGCUAUUCCUACUUCCAGUUAAAAUCGUAGAGCUGAUGUCUCUUCAUUGGGCGAGAAAAUUCAUGUGGUGUGACAUGACAAUUUCCCUAACUCUCUUCGUGUUGAGUGCAUGUCUGAUGAAUCUUGUUACCGUCGCAUUUGAUAGAUGUCUGGCGAUAUCCUACACUCUGAGAUACAACAGCUUUAUGACGGUUCCAAAGGUGUGUUUUGGAAUCGUCAUGGUAUGGCUGACUGCAUUCACAGUUGCUUUUUUGCCGUUGUCAGGCGUCGGUACAAAAUCGGUGAAAACUCAACUCCUUGGACGCCCAUGUUGCUUCUCUGACAUCUUGGAAGAAAGCUACAUGGGGCUUUACUUUGCCUUCAUUUGCGCAACACCGACUGUACUCAUAACCACGGCAUAUUUAAAGAUCUUUCUUCUGGCACGCAGUCAGGCGCGACGGAUUACUUCACUAAGGAUGUACAUAGAGGAACUUUCAACAUAUAAUGGAGGACCGAUGAACUCUCCAAGACCGAUUCGUUUCGCACGAGAAUCAAAAGCCGCUAAGACUAUAGCGAUUGUCGUUGGUGUGUUUUACCUGUGUUGGAUUCCAUUCUUCGUCAGCAUUCUUUCAACAACUUUCAAACAAGAAGCUGUUCCUUAUCUUUACGCCGCUUUUGUGACAUGCCUUGUUUACUCCAACUCCGCAUUGAAUCCGCUCAUCUAUGGAUGGCUGAAUCAAGAGUUCAAAACCACUUACAAGAGAUUGGCCAAAAGUUUUCUCUGCCUCACUCGAACCAGGUGCCUCUCAAGCUGUCGUGUAACUAGGAUAAAAAAGUCCCCUGUGCGGCACACAGUCACCUCAACGAUCUCUGCCACGCAGUCAGAAAUAGCAUCGCAGAACUUCCGCCCAAGUGCGUGCUGUACAAGAAACUUGUAG